CACCAAAAUUCCAUCUCUCUCAAAUCUUAACAAUGGCACCGAAGGCAGAGAAAAAACCAUCAACAACAGAAGAAGAUCAACAACAAGAAGAGAAGAAAUCAUCAUCACCAGCACCAUCACCAGCAGAAAACAAACCUGCCAAAGCAGAGAAACGCUUACCAGCAGUAACAAAAGAAGGAUCUGGUCUGAUCGAGAAAAAGAAGAAAAAAAUGAAGAAAAGCAAUGAAACAUACAAGAUCUACAUAUUCAAGGUUCUGAAACAAGUGCAUCCAGAUAUUGGGAUCUCAAGUAAAGCAAUGGGAAUAAUGAAUAGUUUCAUAAAUGACAUUUUUGAGAAAUUAGCCCAAGAAUCAUCAAGAUUGGCUAGGUAUAAUAAGAAACCUACAAUUACGUCGAGGGAGAUCCAGACAUCAGUUCGGCUCGUUCUUCCGGGAGAGUUGGCGAAACACGCUGUUUCUGAGGGUACCAAAGCUGUUACCAAAUUUACUAGCUCUUGAUUCAAUUAGGGUAAUAAGUAAUAAUUUCCUGGUGAAAGUUAAUGUGAAUUUUUGCUGGUGAAAAAUCAUGGUGGAUUUUUUUUGCUAAUAAUAGGGUGAAUUGCUGUAUUUAGAUCCGUAUUUGAUUGAUGAAAUUGAUGUUUUGUUUUUUUGUUCAUUGGAUUCGAAUAAUUGUACCUAUCUUGUUGGAUAAAAUUUUAAAGUGUUGUUCC